CACAAAAUCACAAACACACACACACAUAUAUACACUUGUAAAAUACCAAUCAAUUUCCAAUGGCAUCAUCCAUGACCUUGACCGCCUCCUUCUUUGGUGGCGCGAAGCCGGCCGCGGUCACAACCCCUCGCAGCCAGCUCGCGGUGACGGCUUCGAUGGACUUGGAGAAGGCGGUGGCAGAGACCACCAACACGAGGCGGGGUCUCGUGCUGGCAGCUGUGGCUGCUGCAGCAGCAGUGCCAUCCAUCGCGAAAGUUGCUAUGGCCGACGAUGAUAAAACGUUACUAGGUGGCUGGAGGCCUGUCGCAGAUCCAAGUGCACCGGAGAUUUUUCUAAUCGCGGUAUUCGCGGUGUCGGAACACAACAAACAGAAGAAUGCGUCCUUGGUUGUGGAGUCUGUGCUAAAGGCUGAGACGCAGGUGGUCAAAGGUGUGAAUCUCAGGCUCGUUAUCGUCGCCAAGGAUAGUAAAACCGGCCGCUCCAACAACUACCUCGCCAUUGUUUACGGCCAGAACGUGCCUACAUCGAUACAGCUCACUUCCUUCGACCCGCUUCUUCGCUAGCUUUUCCGAUCGCCAGAUUGUGUAAAGAAACUAUCUCCAGUGUUUAUUCAGCACCUUUCCUUGCCUCUAUAUAAGAAGGCCUUUUGUUGUAAUAAUUCGGAGAUAGUUAUCUUCGUCAAUAAAUGAUAAUGACAUUCCCCACUUUUCUCUUC